AUGAUAUUUCUUCUAUCCGUAUACACAAGCUGUGCUAUCGUCCUGCCGAUUGUGCUUAUCGUGUACUGGAAAUUAAUUCGCCCAGCGAAGCGUUUACACGAUGCAUUUCGUAGUCAAGGUGUUCCAGGUGAACCAUUUGUGCCUAUCAUUGGUCAACUGCUUGAAAUGAAUCGCUCUCGAGCAAACGAUCAGUACAUGGGUUAUUACGAAGAACUUGUUAAAAAGCAUGGAAAUAUCUUUCUUCAUGGCUUUGGUCCACUCGCACGCCUCAUCGUACUUGAACCUGACAUGCUCACUGACGUUCUCGGUCGAUCACACGCACAAGACUAUUCUAAAACAGCUCUGAAUAGUAACGUGUUCAAGCCAAUAAUUGGUACACACAAUCUGUUCGUGAGUGAAGGAAUCGAACAUGAACGAGCUCGAAAAAUGCUUAAUCCAGCUUUUCAUGCUAUCAAUCUUCAAUCAAUGGUCUCGAUCAUGGUUGAUCAAACACGAAAAGCCAUUGAUGAACUAUUUGCAUCGACCAACAGUCCGCUUGUCAAUUUGCAGACAGACCUAAAUGCACUGACAUUAUCAAUCAUUGCAUCGUGUGCUUUUGGAAAAGGUUUCGAAACAAUUGGCAAUGCCAAAGACAUAGUCAAUCAAGCAUUCACUGUAGUGCUUCAAGCUGUCGAAUAUCGAACAAUGCGUAUGGUCAAUAAAAUUCCUGUGCUAGCACUAUUACCGUUCUGGCACAAGCAUAUUGUAGACGAAGGUACUCGGGAAACGACUCAAUUUGUCGAACAAAUUAUUGUUGAUAGGCGGCAGAAUCGUUCGAAAAGUUUAUGUUCGGGCUCUGACAUUCUCGACCUACUAUUAUCGGCUGUUGAUGCAGAAGGCAAACCAUUCACCGAUCAAGAGAUCAAGGACGAAGCUUUGACCUUUGUGUUUGCCGGUCAUGAAACGACAGGAAAUCUCAUUGUAUGGACCUUGUAUAUGCUAAUGACUGACGAACCAGUGUUACGUGCCUGUCGUGAUGAAGUUGAUCGUGUGCUUUCAGACAACAUCGAUCUUACCUAUGAAAAUAUGAGCGAUCUGGUUGUAUGUGAGGCUAUUUUACAGGAAACCCUUCGUCUCUAUCCUCCAGCACCUAUAUUCGCGUGA